UGAGUGCCGUAUGUACAAGAGUAACGUCAAGAGUCAUAUCGAAUGACUCGAAUCGUCGUUGAUGGCCCUAUCAUGAUGUUAUAAGGACCUGCCGAUCCAAAUCCUUGGAAUUCAUACUAACCAAUCCUCCUGCCAGUAUCUCGAGCGCUAUAAAUGACUUCUGUUCAUCCUCCCGUACUAGUGGUUGGUGCUGGGCCAGUGGGUCUGGUAGCAGCGUUGACGCUCCUUCAAAACGGUAUCCCGGUCCGCAUCAUCGAUAAAGACCACCACCCCCGCAUCGGACAGCGUGGUGUUGGAACAUGGCCACGCUCCCUCGAAGUCUACAACUUUCUGGACGUUUCAGAAGUCAAUAGCCUGGGAAAAUCACCCCCUCCCCUCCGUUCGUACAAGCCUGGGACGUUGGAACCUUUGAAAGACUCAUCGAUGGACCCGCAUAUGGAACCUAGUCCAGCAAUACCAUUCCAUGGCCCUAAAUUGAUGGGUCAACAGCUCCUAGAUGUGGUUCUGCGACGCCAUCUAGAGAAAUUUUCUUGUUCUGUUGAGAUGGGCACCGAACUGUGCUCAUUCGAACAGUGCGACGAGGGUGUCACUGCUAUUCUAGCAAAGAACGGCAUAUCAGAGACUUUUGAUACAAAGUGGAUCAUCGGCGCUGAUGGUGCUAAAAGCGUCGUGCGCAAGCAACUUGGACUCACAUUUCUGGGUGAGACUAGAGACGAUAUCCGGAUUGUGACUGGGGAUAUCCGUUUGACGGGCGUUGGCCUCGAUAGAGUGCAUUGGCACCGGUUUGGAAACUUUAAUGAACGAGGCCUCUCAUUGCGUGCAACAGAUGAAAUUGCCGAGGAUGGCUGGCAAUAUUUCCUUUACGGCAGCGAACUAGAUCUCACGAAGAUAGCUGAGAGCGAAGAGCUUGUCUUUGAAACCAUCGCGUUGUUAAUACCAACGGAGAUUACAUUCGAAAAGGUGGUCUGGAUGAGCGACUUCCGGGCUAAUAUCCGGAUGGUGAAUAAGUUCAGCGAGGGUCGAGUGUUCGUUGCGGGUGAUGCUGCUCAUGUUCACAGCCCAACGGGCGGUCAGGGACUCAAUUCAGGUGUACAAGAUGCAUUCAAUCUAGGAUGGAAGCUUGCGCUCGUCCAGAAAGGGCUCGCCGACAAAUCUCUUCUCGAGACAUACAGCGCCGAACGUCUGCCUGUGAUCUCCGAGAUGCUCGAGGUGACCACCUCGAUUCUCGACAAGGCAACAGCGUCUGGGGACCUAUCGGCCGGACGAAGUCCCGUCCUUUACAUGCUCGGCAUCAACUGCCGAUUCAGCAUUAUCGUACUCGAUGAAUUUGUUACUUCAGUUGAGAGGAAGCCUAUCGGCGCAUAUGGUGUGCUUGAUGAGGGGCAUCUGGAAGCUGGGGAUAGGGCGCCUGAUGCGCCCAAUAUGUUGCAGGUGGGGGGCGCAGAGCUCAACACAACGACGCUUUUCGGUCUGUACAGACCUUGGUACCACACAAUGCUUGUAUUUGCGCCGAGCCUCGCUGAUGCUACCUCGAUCUUGGGUGCACUGGAGGUAUACGACAAAAGUGUCGUACGAUCGGCAGUCGUUCUGCCAUCAUCGGCAUCAGUGACGCCUGUCGCAUCUCCUGACCUCGUUCUUGUUGAUCGGGAGGGCUAUGCUUAUUCGGCUUAUCUCGUGGAAGCUGGCCAGACGAAAGUGUUUGUGAUACGGCCGGAUGGAGUGAUUGGGGCGAUAGUUCAUGGUACAGAAGGUGUGAAGAAGUAUUUCUCAAAAAUAUUUUUGGAUGCGUAGUGGUCGGGAUAUUCGUUCAUUACUUACAAAUUUUACGAGCACAGCUCAUUUCUGUAUACCUCCGAGUCAUGCAAUGUAGUAUCUCAUAUUUGUAA